CUUCGGUUCGGGAUAGGGAGUGAGAGGCGCGGCUGGGAAACUAUCUUCUCCACGAAAAACUAUCUCCUCCUCCCCCUCCACUUCCCCCUCUGCUCCGCCGCUCGCCGUCGCCGACAGCCAGCCAGCCAGGCCACCCCUCCCCCUUCCAUGGUACACCAUGCUGCUGGCGGCGGCCACUGCCACAGCAGCGCCGGUGUCUUCGUCUUCGUCGUCGUCGUCGUCUAGUUUCUUCCUUGCAGCGACAAGACCCGCCGCCCGCUUCUCUGCCCUGUCGCGGCCGCGACCGUGUCGUCACUCCCACUCAUUGUGGGGCAAUGUCCGCGCUCGCCGGAGCAUCCAGGGCAGCUGCAGCAGCCGCCGCCGUAGCCACCAUUGCUGGGCCGGUGGCGCGACGCCGGACAACAUGGACGAGCUGCCGCCGGGGAGAGGGCGCUACCACCCGUUCGAGGAGAUCGCCGACGACGACACGCUGCAGCUCGACGACGGCGAGCCCGCCCGCCUCACCGACGCCGAGUCCGCCCGAACAAUCGUCGAGGUGAACAGCAAGGCGACGGUGAUGAUCUCGACGCUCAUCGACGAAGGCGUGCACGAGAGGAUCAUCCUGCCGGAGUUCCCCUACCUCACCGACGAGAACGGAGAUAUUUACUUCGAGGUCGACAACGACGACACCCUCUUGGAGAGCAUCAUGGGAGACGACAAGAUCGCGCAUGUUAUCAUAGGGCUGGACAACACCCAGGUCUUCGCUGACUUGGAUCUGGCAGCGGCGUCUGCGACCGAGUUUGCUCAAGAAGGUGACGAUGACGACGACGACGACGACGACUCGGAUGAUGAGGAGAGUGACUUUGAUGAUGACUUUGAUGGGGAAGGAGUGUUUGCGGUUGAUGAUGACGAUGGUGAUGAUGAUGAUGAUGAAGAUGAAGAUCUGCCUAGAUGGACAAAUCUUGAAACCUUGAACUCCUGCCAUCCAUUGUACUUUGCAAGGAUGAUUGUGGAGACCGCAACCAAGUCGAAUAUAGAUUGGUUGGACAGGCCACCAGCAAGCCUUGUUGUUGAGGGUCAACUGAGGCCAGCAUUUGCUGAAGAGAGCACCAUGGUUUCCAGGCAUUUAUCAAAUGGUGAACCACAAAAGGAUAAUAAGGAGAGUGGUGCUACAUUUUUCAAGGUUGAGGUUCUUAGCAUUGAGCUGAUCACUGCUUAUGGAACUGAGCCAAAGGUAAAGAUAGGAGAAUACCGGAAAGCUAGGCCAGAUAUCAUUGCGCACUCUGCACCGAACAUAAUAUCACGCUUGAGAGCCGGUGGAGACAAGAUAACCCAGGCUCUGAAAUCACUCUGCUGGAGGUGCAAGGCCAUUCAAAUAGAGGAAGCAGCUGUCAUUGGAGUAGAUUGCCUUGGGUUUGACUUGAGAGUGUGCUCAGGAACACAGGUGCAGACAUUGAGAUUUGCAUUCCCUGCAAAGGCCACAUCAGAGUUUGGUGCAGAAAAGCAAAUGCACGAACUUCUGUUUCCUAGGAUACAGCAAGAGGGACAAUCACCACAAACUAGACAAAAAGAGUCUUGAUUUGAUUUGAUAAUUUAUUCAAUUUCAUUCAGUAGGAAUUAAUCUAGCUAAAUAAAUAUAUGCCCUUCUCAUUUAUCCAUGGGUCGAAUUUUAGAUUCCAGUUUUGUGGCACUGUAGGUUGAUUUUAUUUAUCAAUCUACCAAACUGUUUCAAAAUUCUUUAGAAUACCUGUUAAGGAAAGCACAGUACAAGCCUCCAAAUAUCAGGAUGGUGAUUGAUACAAAUAAGCCGUGCCAGC